AUGCCGCCUUUCAAAGAUGAACACAUUCUGAUAAUUGCGCCAGGCUCUCAGGUGACCCUGGCGCAGCUGGGCCUUCCGGAAUCCUUUACUCCCGCGCGAUUUCGCUUUCCCACGCGUAUGUUUCCUGGCGAAAAGAAGGGCGAGUACGAACCAUAUAAAAUUCAGGAGAGACGGCGCGAUGUCAAAGCGAACAAUGGCGCUGACGCGCCCAAGGAGGACGUGGAAAUGAAGGAUGCGGAACCCUCGGUGCCAGAAGGUACACCAAAGCCUGAGACGGCUGAGAAGCCCGAGAAGCCCGACGACGCGGAGACUGGAGAGAAACCUCAGGCUGGCUCGGGACAGGAGGGUAACAGGGAGACUGCACAGGAGACCGCACAAGAACCCGCACAGGAUAUCGUCUAUGAAGAGGACGUCACGUCCGAUGAAGGCGCCGUCUAUCCCAUCGAGAACGGACGCAUUGUCGACUGGCCGUGCUUCUUCGCCCUUCUGACGCAUGUUCACAACACCCUCAGUCCGCCUUUCCACACACCAAUCAUGCUCAUUUCUGAGCCCGUCUGGUCUGCCCGUGAUCGCGAGGCCAUCACCCAGUUUGUCUUUGAAAAGUUCAAGACACCUGCUUUCUGCCUCAUGGAUUCGGCACUGGCAAUCUGCUAUGGUUACGGAACAUCCACCGCUACGGUCAUCGAUGUCGGCAAGGACAAGGUCGACGUUACAGCCGUAACAGAUUUCAUGGUCAACGAGCAUGGAAGAGGUGUUGCCCUAGAAGGGUGUGGUGGAGACUAUAUGACAGAUAGGCUUUGGGAGCUACUACGUUCCAAGGGCUUUACGAGGGAGAUGUGCGAGCAGCUGAAGAGGAGCAAUAUCACAGAAAUCCUACCACCUGGCGUGCCUCUGCCUGGCACAGCGGCAACUGCACAACAAGGGGCCAACCCAGCCCCGUCGACCUCAAUCAGUGCCCAGGAAAGUGCUGCUCCCAAUGGAUCCGUUCCUCGUGGGCCAGGCGAGAACAUCCAGACUGGACCGGAAGGAACGAACGCAGAGGGUGAGGAAGACGAAGGGGUACUGGAUGUCGCUGCCAUUGUCAGCGGAAAUACAAGCGAGUUUCUCGCGAAGCGCGACAAAGAGAGAGCCGAGAAGGCUUCCAAGAAAAGCGCAGCAGAUCAGGCUGCGAAACCUGUCCGGCUUCCAAAUUCUAAGAAAGAGAAGGCUUCCUUCCAAUUCGAAGAAUUCGUGCGCUUAGACUCGGAAAAGGAGAAGGUGGAUGGUCCCAGGCGAUUUAUUCGUCACAAACGGGACAUUGAAGUCGGUAUCGAACGCUUCCUGUCUGCGACUCCUAAGGAACAAGUUGGGGAGCGCCUGUCCAGUGGUAUUCUGGAAGAUAUCGCGACUCAGAUUCAUCAUACCAUUCUUGCUGUGCCUGACGCAGCCAAGAGAAGUGAACUUUGGGAUUCAUUGAUCGUUGUGGGCAAUGGCAGUAAGAUCAAGGGCUUCACCCAAGCUCUGCUUGGAGCAAUCACGCAGAAGUUCAUCCUCUCGCCAUCGGGCACCAUGUUCACAUCCGAAAUCCCUUCAAAUUUCUCUACUCCACUGCCAACCGGAGGCACCAACACACCCGCUCCUUCUGGACAGCCCGGUCCCAUGCACCACCCCGCAGGCCACGGUGUCAAUCCUCUGCUCGUUGCUGCGACUCACUCGGGCAAUCCAGCAGUGGGUAACAUGCCCCCAGGGACACCGUCGCUCGACCCGAGUUCCCUACACCACCGUUCCACUGGUCAUUCGCAGACGCCAACUUCUGUAAAAACCCUGAGACCUCCGGAAUAUUUCCCAGAGUGGAAGGAACAAAGCAACAGCAACGCGCCAGGUGCCAGCGGUGCUGGAGCAUUGGGCAUGGGCAACGGUACUGCUGGCAGGCCCAGCGGUGCGUCAACUGGUGGUCACGGCAUGGAGGAGGCAGUUUUUCUCGGGGCUCAGGUCGCAUCCAAAGUCAUCUUUGUCCUUGAUCAAGGCUUGAGCAAGGGCUUCAUGAGCCGUGUGGAAUACAAUGAGAACGGGCCGUCGGCGAUUCAUGAAUACGCGAUGUGA